AUGCACAAACUCAACGUCGAUCCCGACCAUAAGCCAGUUAGGCAAAAAAGGAGAGCAUUCGAGGAGGAGCGAUACGCAGUAAUUGGAGAAGAGGUUGGGAAGUUCCUGGAAGCAGGUUUCGUGGAAGAGAUAUACUUCUCGGAUUGGCUAGCCAAAUUGUCUUUGUCAAAAAAUACAAUGGGAAGUGGCAGCAAUUUAAAGGAAACUAAAAAAGUGGUGUGGAUAGAGGAAUGUGAACUCGCUCUCCAGGAACUCAAACAGUACAUGGGGCCCCCACCAUUACUCUCGAAGCCCGAACAAGGGGAACCACUCCUAUUAUACCUUGCGGUAUCAUUAGCUACAGUCAGUUCAGUCCUUAUCAAAGAACAAGGUGGAAAGCAACUAUUUGUAUACUACGUCAGAAAGGCCAUGGUCCCAGUAGAGACUAGAUAUCCGAACAUCGAGAAGCUCGCUUUGGCCCUAAUAAUUUUCGCACGACGCCUCCAACCUUACUUCCAGGCCUACCCUAUUGUGGUCCCGACAGACCUACCACUUCAGCAAGUGCUCCAGAAGCCCGAGGUAUCAGGGAGGCUCACAAAGUCGGCAUUCGAGCUCAGCGAGUUUGACAUCAACUACUGUCCCUGCAUCAUUAUAAAGGGACAGACAGUAGCAGACUUCCUCGUCGAGCUCACACCCAGAGACAACUCAUUGGAGGCACCACCCAAGAACCAAGUCGAUCGACCUGGGAAGCAAAUAACCAGCUAG